CACCUGGGGGGGCCGGAGCGGGGGCAGGAAGGCGCGGCGGUCACGGGUGGGAGCCCGGCGCCUCGGCAGGAAGUGGGGGGGCACACGGUGGCAUUUUGGGGCUGGGGGGGUGCAGCAGCCGCCUCCCCCCGCUCCGGCACAUCCGCUGCGCGGGCGCAGGAAGUCGGGGGGGGCUCCCCCAUCUCGGAGCGCGCUCGGGCCUCGGGGACCCGCUCUGGCUGCACCCGCUGAUGGCUGGCCCGCGGUGGCACCCGCUGCUGCUGGCGCUGGCGGGGCCGGCGGCGGCCGGGGACCCCGCCGUGGCCCGGAAUGACCGGGCGGUGGCCGCGCUGCUGGGGUUGCUGCUGUGCCUGGUGCUGGGGCUGGCGCUGGCCUGGCACCACCUGUGCCGCCUCUCUGCCGGCCGCUACCACCCCCGGCCCCUGGGCCACCGGGCUCUGGAGCUGCUGCGGGGACAGUGGCACCAGCUGCGCUCACCGGGGGACCCCACCGCGGCCCUCGGGGACGGUGACGGGGAGGUGGCCGUGAGGGACGAGGAUGAGGAGCUGAUGCCCUGGAGCCUGCAGCGGCGGCCGGAGCAGGAUGAGGAGGAGGAAGAUGAGCAGGAGGAGGAUGAGAAGGAGGAUGAGAAGGAGGAGGAUGAGGCCGAAGCAGCGCUGGAGGGCGGGGAGAGCCCCCUGAAUGAGGGGGAGGCAAAGGGCGGCAGCGCCGAGGCCCUGCUCAGUGACCUGCACGCCUUCUCGGGGACAGCGGCCUGGGGGGACGUGCGGCCACACGUCACCGCCUUGUGACGUCAUCGUUCUGACGUCACCACCCUCGGAUGUCACCACCCUGUAACGUCACCUCCCUGUAAUAUCACCUCCCUGUAAUAUCACUUCCCUGCAGUGCCACCUCCCUGUAGUGUCACCUCCCUGUAGUGUCACCUACCAUAAUGUCACCUCCCUGUAGUGCCACCUACCAUAAUGUCACCUCCCGGUAGUGCCACCACCCUGCCAGCAAAGGGACCCCUUCUCAGUCCCCUGCCUGCCCCCAGCCGAGGCUCCUGAUUGGCUCCACGGGCCUGAG